AGCCAGUCUUUUCAAUGCAAACUUCAACUCCUCCUCCUCCUCCCUCUAAUGCCUGUAACUCACAUCCGAGGCUGGGCGAGGAAUCCGGAGGGGCGAUUUUCCUCAUGCUCGCCGCUGGUGGAAACUGGGCGAGUGACGGGAAGGAGGAAGGGGAUCUGUGGCGCUCUCUACCUACUACCAGCCUGGCAAGGGGAGGGGGCACCUGGAUUUGCAUCUUUUCUUCGUGGUGAUUGAGAACUGCAGGUUCAAUCCGAUCCCACUGAGCACUGGCGAUUGAUUAUAAAAAAAAAAAAAAAAUCGACACUGGGAGAAGGGAGGCUCUGUCUUCGGCGGUUAGACUCGAUUUCGGAGGUGGUAUUGGUGUGUGUGUGUGUGCUGGUGGUUUUUUUUUUUUUUUUCCUUUUUUUUUUUUUCUUUCUUUCUUUCUUUUUCCUUUUUUUUUUUUUCCUUCUCUCCUAGGGGCUACACAAUGGCAGUCUUCUCUCAGUGAGAUGAAUCCUGCUUUGCCUUCUGCAGACCCACCCAUCCUCAGAGCGAUCAAGUAAAAGGCUAUGGUUUUCUCUUUGGGGAUCUUUUGUGCAUUACUGUUCUCUCUGAUUAGUUCUGGUCUCUGUUGGGAUUUCUUUGCUUUUUUGUUUGGCUUCAUGCUGAAAAAGGAUUUUUUCCCCAACCCUUUGGUAAUAAUCCAGUGGUGAUCGCGGGGGAUAAAUCAUUCACCCUGGCCGAAAAAAAACAAUCACUGAGAAGUCUCAAAGAAAUAUACCACGUGAGGGGAAAAAACUGGGAGAAGAUCCGGAAUAUUAUCGUUUUUCCUAUGGUAAAACCGGUGCCCCUCUUCAGGAGAACUGAUUUCAAAUUAUUAUUAUGCAACCACAAGGAUCUCUUCUUUCUCAGGGUGUCUAAGCUGCUGGAUUGCUUUUCGCCCAAAUCAAUGUGGUUUCUUUGGAACAUUUUCAGCAAAGGAACGCAUAUGCUGCAGUGUCUUUGUGGCAAGAGUCUUAAGAAAAACAAGAACCCAACUGAUCCCCAGCUCAAGGGUAUAGUGACCAGGUUAUAUUGCAGGCAAGGCUACUACUUGCAAAUGCACCCCGAUGGAGCUCUCGAUGGAACGAAGGAUGACAGCACUAAUUCUACACUGUUCAACCUCAUACCAGUGGGACUGCGCGUUGUUGCCAUCCAGGGAGUGAAGACAGGGUUGUAUAUAGCCAUGAAUGGAGAAGGUUACCUCUACCCAUCAGAACUUUUUACGCCUGAAUGCAAGUUUAAAGAAUCUGUUUUUGAAAACUAUUAUGUAAUUUACUCAUCUAUGCUGUACAGACAACAGGAAUCUGGUAGAGCCUGGUUUUUGGGAUUGAAUAAAGAAGGGCAAGUCAUGAAAGGAAACAGAGUAAAGAAAACCAAACCAGCAGCUCAUUUUCUACCCAAGCCAUUGGAAGUGGCCAUGUACCGAGAACCAUCUUUGCAUGACGUCGGCGAAACGGUCCCGAAGGCCGGGGUGACGCCCAGUAAAAGCACAAGCGCGUCGGCAAUAAUGAACGGCGGCAAACCAGUCAACAAAAGUAAGACGACAUAGCCAGACCGUCACAGGUGUUGUGACUGACCCGCCCCGAGCACGGCGGAGCGGUUUAUCCUUUGCCAGACACUCCCGCGCCCGUGGCCGAGCAGCGGCCGCAAGGAAGCCGAGGCCCGCUCUCGGCCGUCCCGAACUCCUUGGCUGCAAGCGGAUAAACCUCCCCCUGCGGCGCCCCCAGAGCAAGAAGACACCUGGAUAACCAGCUAAACUCAGACCAUGGAAUGCCCUACCAGAUAUGGAAUGCCUUUUUAAUCUCUUUUCUGUGACUGUGACGGUUCAUGAGAAUGACAUACUUCACAAGUACACUCGACACCUUGCCUGCUGACAGCUACCCAUAAUCCUUUUUGAGUCCUGUUCCAGCGACAUCCAUGUGUUUCAGUUCGAUUUUGUAGCACACGAAUACUACUGAGUAAUUUCUAGUUAGACGCUGUAAACCCGUGCUAUUAUGGAUUUCUCUUCUCCCCGUUUUUCUAGGGCUGCUCGCUCUACUGUCCGUGACCUUUCGCAGGGACUGUAUUCCUCUAAACCUUCAGUGUGCACUUGGCCUAGUUUGGAGAGCGAUCAGGGAAUCGGGAAGCCUUCUAAACCUGUCAUUACAAAUCGCACCUAUAAAGAUUAAGAGUCUUGUCUCCGGCUCCCACUAUUGAUUAAACACACUUAGAUGCUCUAUCCAGUAGCGGAUACUGGGCUCCUGAGGUCGGCGCUGCCGGGGUGAGAAAUGGGUCAAACACAGUCCGGGGGGAAGCUCUCUACGAUACGUGUUUGACAUCCCCCCAUAGUUUCUUUGUGUGUGUGUGUGUUUUAUACAUAUCACAAGCUUACUGGUAAUGGUAACAUUUGCCUUGCCCAGCGAGCAAGACCCACUGGUUUUUGAGAAAGUGGGUCCAAAGAACUCUGUAGGCCUUGUAGGCCUGAUUAAGGUUCAUUUUUCAUCUACUGAUCCUCAUUAUUUGGGAAAAAAGGAAAAAAAAAAAAGAAAAUUCAGUAAUUACAACCUACAAGAAUUGCGCUACCUAAAUCCAUUUCCCGUAUAAUCCUACCUAUUUUUAAUGAACCGAACUGAAUGCCAUCCCCGGUUUUGGCUGCGUUCCACUCAUACUCAGCAGAGCAUGGGCAAGGCGGCUGUUGUGUUCUUUUCUGCAGCAGCAAUGCAAACGUUAGUUAUAAAUUAGACUUUAAUAUUUUUGGUGUUUAAUGACAAGUUUUUAAACUGGACAUAUUAGGAAAAACUAUUUUUUUUAGCUCAGCAUGCUGAGUCCCGGUACUGUGUAUCUCACCACUCCAUUCCUGUCACUCAGCUUCUCGGGGCCCCGGUUGCCCAGUGGCUGGGGUGAGGUGCCUUGCCGUGAGCUCAGAAUGCAGUCUGUUGAAUAUUCUGGAUAAAAUUCAAGGCAAACCAACACGUUCAAACAUCAGGUUUUGGGUCCACUCCAUUGAUUUGCUUUCGUUUUCUUUUGCUUUCUUAAUUUCCUUAUGCCUAAGUCCGAGCUUAGGGAAGACAACCGCUAAGAAAGAUCACGAGUCGUUGACGGCACAGGGAAGAAACCAUGCAAAACGUCCGCUAUGGGAUGUAAAGCGUUUCGAAAUGUGGAAUACGAAACUGUUUGGAAUUGUAUUUGUUAACUCUGUGUAUACUUAAUAAAAUUCAAUGUUUCCUACUCAGAAGAGUUAACUGAGA